AGAGUCGACCUUCCAUGCCCCAAAGGCUGGUGGGGGAACCCAGUGUGUGGCCCUUGUCACUGUGCCGUCAGUCAAGGCUUUGAUCCGGACUGCAACAAGACCAAUGGCCAAUGCCAGUGCAAGGAGAAUUACUACAAGCCCCCCGCCCAGGAUGCCUGCCUUCCCUGCGACUGCUUCCCCCAUGGUUCCCACAGUCGUGCCUGCGACAUGGACACUGGCCAGUGUGCCUGCAAGCCUGGUGUUAUCGGCCGCCAAUGCAACCGCUGCGAUAACCCCUUUGCUGAGGUCACCUCACUCGGUUGUGAAGUGAUCUACAAUGGGUGUCCCAGAGCAUUUGAGGCUGGCAUCUGGUGGCCACAGACGAAAUUUGGGCAGCCAGCAGCAGUGCCAUGCCCCAAAGGAUCAGUGGGCAACGCAAUUCGGCACUGCAGUGGGGAGAAGGGCUGGCUUCCUCCAGAGCUAUUCAACUGCACCUCGGGCUACUUUGUGGACCUCAAGGCCAUGAAUGAGAAGCUGAGCCGCAAUGAGACAAGGAUGGAUGGAGACAGAUCCCUGAGGCUGGCAAAGGCACUGAGGAAUGCCACGCAGUACAAUGGCACACUCUUUGGCAACGAUGUGCGCACAGCCUACCAGCUAUUGGCCCGCAUCCUGCAGCACGAGAGCCACCAACAGGGCUUCGAUUUGGCAGCCACCCGGGAGGCUAAUUUCCAUGAGGAUGUUAUCCACACGGGCAGCGCCCUCCUGGCCCCGGCGACACAGGCAGCAUGGGAACAGAUCCAGAGAAGUGAGGGCGGUGCUGCGCAGCUGCUGAGACGCUUCGAGGCAUACUUCAGCAAUGUGGCACGGAAUGUGAGAAGGACCUACCUGAGGCCCUUCAUCAUCAUCACCGCCAACAUGAUUCUUGCAGUUGACAUCUUCGACAAGUUUAACUUCACCGGUGCCCAGGUGCCAAGGUUUGAGGACAUUCAGGAAGAGUUCCCAAGGGAGUUGGAGUCCUCCGUGUCCUUUCCAGCUGACACCUUCAAACCACCAGAGAAAAAAGAAGGUCCCAUGAUGAGGCUGGCCAACCGGAGGGCUGUACCACAGGCACCACAACCAGAACCCAGGGCGGAGAGAGAAACCUCAUUCAGCAGACAGAGGAGACACCCUGAUGAACCCGGCCAGUUUGCUGUUGCCCUGGUCAUCAUUUACCGGACCCUGGGUCAGCUGCUGCCUGAACACUAUGACCCUGACCACCGCAGCCUCCGAUUGCCUAACCGACCCAUCAUCAACACCCCAGUAGUAAGCGCUAUGGUGUACAGUGAGGGGACCCCACUCCCCAGCUCUCUGCAGAGACCUGUCCUGGUGGAGUUCGCCCUGUUGGAGACCGAGGAGCGAAGCAAGCCUGUCUGUGUAUUCUGGAACCACUCCCUUGACAUCGGCGGGACUGGAGGGUGGUCAGCCAAGGGCUGUGAGCUACUGUCAAGGAACCGGACCCAUGUCACAUGCCAGUGUAGCCACUUGGCCAGCUGUGCCGUGCUCAUGGACAUUUCCAGGCGUGAGCAUGGGGAGGUUCUGCCCCUGAAGAUCAUCACCUAUGCCGCCCUGUCCUUGUCCCUGGUGGCCCUCCUGGUGGCCUUCAUCCUGCUCUCCCUUGUCCGGACACUACGCUCCAACCUGCACAGCAUCCACAAGAACCUCAUUGUGGCGCUUUUCUUCUCCCAGCUCAUCUUCAUGGUCGGGAUCAACCAGACUGAGAACCCGUUUCUCUGCACAGUGGUCGCCAUCCUCCUGCAUUAUGUCUCCAUGAGCACCUUUGCCUGGACCCUGGUGGAGAACUUGCAUGUCUACCGCAUGCUCACAGAAGUGCGAAACAUCGACACUGGGCCCAUGAGGUUCUACCAUGUGGUGGGCUGGGGCAUCCCUGCCAUUGUCACAGGACUGGCUGUUGGCUUGGAUCCUCAGGGAUAUGGGAACCCUGACUUCUGCUGGCUGUCCCUUCAAGACAGCCUGAUCUGGAGCUUCGCUGGGCCUGUAGGAAUGGUUAUAAUUAUCAACACGGUCAUCUUUGUCCUGUCUGCAAAGGUCGCCUGCCAAAGAAAGCGCCAUUAUUAUGAGAGAAAGGGGGUCGUCUCCCUGCUGAGGACUGCCUUCCUCCUGUUGUUGCUCGUCAGCGCCACCUGGCUGCUGGGACUACUGGCUGUAAACAGUGACACUCUGAGUUUCCACUACCUCUUUGCUGCCUUCAGCUGCUUGCAGGGCAUCUUUGUCCUCCUGUUCCACUGCGUGACCCACAGGGAGGUGCGGAAGCACCUAAGGGCAGUGCUUGCUGGGAAGAAGCUGCAUCUAGAUGACUCAUCUGCCACAAGGGCCACCCUACUAACGCGCUCCCUCAACUGCAACAACACUUACAGCGAAGGACCAGACAUGCUCCGCACGGCCCUGGGCGAGUCCACAGCCUCUCUGGACAGUACCACCAGGAAUGAAGGGGUCCAGAAGCUCAGUGUGUCCUCUGGCCCAGCACGUGGUAGCCAUGGAGAACCAGAUACAUCCUUCAUCCCUAGGAACUCCAAGAAACCUCAUGGCCCUGACUCUGACUCUGACAGUGAACUGUCCCUGGAUGAGCACAGUAGUUCCUAUGCCUCUUCACACUCAUCAGACAGUGAGGACGAUGGCGGUGAUGCUGAAGACAAAUGGAAUCCAGCUGGAGGCCCCGUCCACAGCACCCCAAAAGGAGAUGCUCUAGCCAACCAUGUCCCAGCUAGUUGGCCUGAUGAAAGCCUGGCUGGAAGUGACAGUGAGGAGCUGGACACUGAGCCCCACCUGAAGGUGGAGACCAAAGUCAGCGUGGAACUACAUCGACAAGCACAGGGCAAUCACUGUGGCGACCGCCCCCCUGACCUGGAAAGUGGGGUCCUUGCCAAGCCAGUGGCUGUGCUUAGCAGCCAGCCCCAGGAGCAACGGAAAGGCAUCCUGAAAAACAAAGUCACCUACCCACCACCACUGCCAGAGCAGCCAUUGAAGUGCCGGAUUCGAGAGAAGCUGGCCGACUGUGAGCAAAGUCCCUCAUCCUCCCGCACGUCCUCCCUUGGCUCUGGUGACAGUGUCCGAGGCACUGACUGUGUCAUUACCAUCAAGACUCCAAGGAGGGAGCCUGGCCGUGAACAUCUCAACGGGGUGGCCAUGAAUGUAUGCACAGGGAGUGCUCAGGCCAACGGCUCUGACUCCGAAGGCAGUAACGAAACUUCAAUUUGAACCAUCAGGAAACCAUGAGGCCCAGUCAACCCUACAGACUGCCAGUCAAGCCCUCAGACCUGAAGCCUAGGACUCUGCUGCCUGUGGGGCAACAGGCCUUUGGUGUGAGGGUCCCUGAAACAGCAGCUGGCUCUACACAGAAUGUCCAGAUGGGAAGCCCUUGGCCCUCUCAGGAGCUCAGGGCCCACCAGACUCUGACAAGUGCCAAAGUCACAGAGAUGUCUCAAGAGGGAGACAUGAACUUCAGGCUAGCACAGCUCCAUCCUCAGACUGCAGACAGAACCCAAACUAUGCUGCUGACCUGGCCACAAGAGGCCUAGGCAGAAGCCUUAGUGCCUGAGCUGGACUUGGUGAAUUACUACGUCAGGCCCUUUGGCUUGUAAGGGGUUCAGAUACUGGACACAAGCCAAGACCCUAUUGUCCCAGCAAGCAUCUCCUUGCAGUACAAGCCUGUAGUCACCAGUCUCAGUCUCUGCAACGGUACUGUGUCUGAAAUUGAUGUUUAAAGUUGUAAAUACGUAUAAAUCUGUCCUGGACUUGGAGAAGAUGAGAACCUGUGUAUAUUUUACAAUGUCCUAACUUUGCUGACACUGGAGAGCCAUGAAAUGGCAUCUCAAUGUAUUGCCCAAGGAAGCUUGCACAGCUGUAUUUGCAUCUGGAUUGAGACAACACAGCUGGUUGCUCAGUGCCCAGGUAGGGAGGGCAUGGGCUCUGAAGUUGAUACAGCCAUCACAAACUCCUGCAGCUGCUUCCAGCCAGCAAGCUAAGGAGUGUGGGUGUUCUGCUGGCCUUCGGAGCACACAGAUGUGUGCGAUCAGCUCUGUAGAUACAGGAUGGGGCUGGCCUGUGAAGCGUGAUUGCCACAGCUGACUUCACACAGGGUGAAAUCCUGACCACUUGGCCAUUUGCACACCCUUGUGCCAGGUUCACUCCUGAUCCCGGGCUUUUCUGGAGCUUCCCAGGCAGCCCAAUACUGCAGGGGGAGAAUUUCUUUGUCUCUGCUCCUGGUUCCUGUAGGAUCUCAGUGCUCAUGUUCCUGAUUCAGAGGGACCCCUGAGGUCUUCCAGGAUGUCACAUUCCUUCCUGCCAAUGUUCUACUCUUUUAAACUCAAGCUCUCUGGGCAGAGAGGGGCUCCACCCCCAAAAUCUGACCAAUUACAUCAUUUUGCUUUAAGUGGCCAAUUGUGUAGAGAAACAAAGCCACAGACCCACUUUUCAAUGGUUACCAAAUUCAUUUUGGAAACUCAUACCAAGGACUGCUGUGACCAGCCCACUGCAAGCUACCAUGUGGCCAAGCCCAAGGGACUGGGGCCCAGAGUUAGUGAGACACAUUUCCUUCAGCCUUCACUGUUGUUUGAAUCAGGUGUACAUGGGUGUACAGCUGCUCUCAAAUGGGAGAAAUCAAACAAGGACUCUCACACCGAGCUGCACUCUGACUGAAUGCACAGCACUGCUAAUGCUACAUGACAUGGUCUGAGGUUGCUCACUGCCACGGAGGCUGAAGGGAGGCGCCCCAAGUGGCCUCUGAGGAUGGCAUGGAUACAAAGGGAGCUUCAGUCUCCAGGAGUUGGAGCACUGUGAUUGCCACAACCCCAUGCUACCCCAGAAGGUGGAGUUUUGAAUUUGAUCACGAUCGUUACCAAAACAAAACAAAACAAGCUGUCAGUUUUAAACUGUUUUUAUGACCUAAGAUGAUGUUAUAGGUUCAACACUGGAGGUUUGUAACAGGUGUAUUUAUUACUGUUCAGCACUGGAUGACAACACAGGUGAGACAUCUAUAAUAAAUUAAAUUUUUGGAUUUGUA